UUAGCUCUCGAAAUUAAGCCUCAAAAUGCGCCUCAAACUGCUGCUGUUCUGCGCUCUCGUUUGCCUCAUCGCAGUCCUGGCCGAAGGCAGGGAUCGGAGGGCAAACAGAUCCCACAGAUCCCUAGGACUCAGGCAGCAGAGGGCGAGGGCUCAACGUAGUGUGCGGCAGGGCAGCAGGCAGUCUGCCAGAGCGAGAACCAGCAGCGGACGCAGACUGAAUGCCGUCAAGAAGAGCAGCCGGAAGAGCAGCCGGAAGAGCAGCAGCCAGCGAGUCCGGCAAACCAAUGCCAAUGGCAAUGCCAAAUCAAAGGCCAACACAGCAGCCGCUCAGUCCGUGAGCAAAGGAUCGGGCUCUAUCAGCGUGCCGAUCGACUUUCAACAGAACUUUGUACGCACCACAGACAAUCUGCGAUGGGAGAAGUCCUUCCUCGCCAGCCGCUAUGGCCAGAGCUUCGCCAAGACCACGGGCAAGACCACACUGACUAACACGGCCAACAUUGAGUACACCUGCAAGAUGAGAAUUGGCACACCGAAGCAGAUAUUCACAGUCCUGCCCGACACGGGCAGCUCCAACAUCUGGGUGCCGGGGCCCAAGUGCAAAAGUGAGGCAUGCAGGCGACACAAGCGAUACCGUCCGGGCAAGUCCAGUACCUAUGUGAAGGACGGCACCGCCUUCGCCAUCACCUACGGCGCCGGCGAGGUCGAGGGCAAGCUGGCCACGGACACCGUGGGCGUGGCGGGUCUGGCUGUGAGCAACCAGACGUUUGCGAUGACCACCAAGGAGCCGGGCAGCACCUUUGUGUCGUCCGAAUUCGAUGGCAUCCUGGGCCUGGGCUUCCCCAGCAUUUCCGUGGAUGACGUGACACCGCUGGUGCAGAACAUGUGCGCGCAGAGCGUCAUCUCGAAGUGCGUUUUCAGCAUCUGCAUGAAGGGCGGCGGCAGCUCGAAGCGGGGCGGCGUCCUCAUCUUCGGCAGCACGGACACCAGUGCUUACACCGGCUCCAAUAGCUACACCUACACGCCCGUCACCAAAAAGGGCUACUGGCAAUUCGACCUGAAGGGCUUUUAUUUAGGCGACACGAAGGUGAGCGGCAGCACCCAGGCCAUUGUGGACUCGGGCACCUCGCUGAUCGCAGCGCCCACGAGUGCCGUCAACAAGAUCAACAAGAUCCUCGGCUGCACCGUCACCUCCACCGGCGAGUGCUGGAUGAAGUGUGCCAAGAAGGUGCCGGAUGUGACAUUCGUUAUAGCCGGCAAGGAGUUCGUCAUGGCGGGCAACAAGCUGAAGCUCAAGGUGAGGACCAACAAGGGCAACACAAUCUGCAUCUCAGCGGUGAGCGACAUGGGCACAAGCUUCUGGAUUCUGGGCGAUGCCUUCAUCAGGCACUUCUGCACAGUGUUCGAUGUGACUGGCAGCCGCAUUGGAUUUGCUGCCUCAUCUUAAACUUAAUUUCCAUGCGCUGCAAAUUCUGUUGGGACUGAUCUCAAAUAAAAGCUGUCUGUAUUUAUUCCACAGGGAAGGAUGCAAUUUCUU